AUGAAUAUUAUUUAUUAUUUAGAAAUAAAACAGUCAAAAUUAAAUCCUAUUUCUCCGAAAAUUAAAACAAAAACAAAAAUGGUAAAGAAAACUAGUCAGCCUUUUCAUCAUAAUAAUAUCUCAUCUACUACUGGUUAUCCUUGUUAUCCAUCAACAUUUCCUUGUUCACGAUUAUGUGGUCCAAUAAAUUGUCCCGAAAAUAAGUUACCUAUGCCUCGAGAUCUUUGGUAUCGUAUUGUUUAUUCACAAGCACUCGAACAACAACUAGAUAAUUUAGGAAGUGGAGAAACAUCUGUUCGUCAAAGUCGAUCAGGCUCUCAUUUACAAUCUUCACCAAAAAGAAAACAUAAAGAAGAUGAUUCCAUAACAGAUAAAUCAUCAUAUAAUAAUUUGCAUAACAUUAAAUCUAAUAGUAAUAAUUCACGUCGACAACAAACAAUGAAUGCAGCAUUGUCAUCAACAUCAACUAAAAUCAUUAAACUAAAUGUGGAUAAUCUUGAAUAUAUUGCUGAAACUUUACCAUUACAAGUAGAAAAUAAGCACAGUCAUUCAAGUAAAAAUAUUCAAGCUUCACCUAUUCAAUUCGAACAAUCAACGAAUAAAAUAACAAAAGAUAAUUCUCAUAUUGAUUCAUCAGUUACAUUUGAACAUCCGUUAAUUAAUCAAUUCUAUGAAUAUUAUAAUCUUGAAGAUGUUCCACGUCUUCAAUUAUUCAAACAACUAAAUCGUAGAUUAACACAUAUUCGUCAAACAUUAAAAACAAUGUCGUCGAAUGAUAUUGAAAUAAAAUUAAAAUAUAAACGUGAUGCAUUGAUUAAAAAACGUCAAACAUCUAUUCACUCAUUAACUAAAGAUGAACGAAUAGCAAUGGCUGAACUUGAACUUAACGUUUACGAAUAUAAUAAUGCACUUAACGAAUUAUCAUCAAAAUGUUUUCCUUUGAAUAAAAACGAUCAAUUAGGAAAUGAACAAUUACUACCGAUUCCUCCUGCUUUACUCUCGUGUAAUACAAUUGUGCCUGUAGUAAAAAAUCCUAUUAUAUCUGAAACAUCGAUUUCACCAUCUGUGUCAACUUUUCAUACAGUUCGACCAUCUGCCAUCAGUCAAUCAACUGUACUUCUCUCAACAACAACUCAAUUUAGCGAAAAAACAGAAAAAAUUCUUUCAUGGAAUCAUCCACUAUUAUCAAAUCUUAUGAAUACAUUUGAACCAAUAACACCAUCAUGUAAAACUCAAAUUCAUAAACAAUUGGCUCGACGAUAUGAACAUAUAUGUAAAAAAGCUAAAGAACUUAGUAAAACACAAUUACAAACACCAUUAGAACAAAGUAAGAAGAUUCUCCAGCCAAAUAAAGAUGAACGUUUACGAAUAGCAGAAUUGGAAUUAUGUCUAUUCGAACUAGAAAAAGGUAAAUGA